AUGGAGCUCAGCAGAUUAUUCCUUACCCAGUUCAUCUCUGGUAAGAAGAGUCGGAAGCCGACUACGCAUCUAUUCACCCUCAAGCAGGGGAACAAGGAGUCAUUGAAGGACUUCAUCGCCCGCUUCAAUGAAGAGGCACUACUAAUGGACGACUAUGACGACAAGAUGGCACUUUCUACCAUGUUCAGCAGACUCAGGGAGGGGAAGUUUGUCUUCUCAAUUAGGAAGAAUCCAUCGACUACUUUGUCCGAGCUCAUCAGCAGAGCCCAAAAAUACACCAAUGUCGAGGAGUUCUCCAACUCCUGCAAGAAUGUCCACGUUGCUAAACAAUCAUCCAAGGAGAAGAGACUGAAGAACGAAGAGCCUCAAUCAUUCAGCAAGAAGCCAGACGAUCGAGCCUCUCGAGAUUGCCGAUCGAGCAAGAGUCCUGAGAGCAAGUUCCACUCCUACACCCCCCUCAACACAUCUCCAGAACAGAUCCUAUUAGACAUCAGGGAUCAGAAACUCCUGCAUUGGCUAGUUUUCAUGAAGGUUAAUGCACGACAUCGAGAUAAGCACAAGUAUCGUCGUUUCCAUCAUGACCACAGUCACAAUAUGAGCAAUUGCGUAGAUCUCAAGGAUGAGAUCGAGACCCUCAUCCGUAAGGGUCAUCUGCAACGAUACACCAAGGAAGAGAAGUUGGCUCGAAGAAAAGAGUAG